AUGUCAAUUUGUGAGCCACAAUUGGAUAUACCGGGUAUUCAGCCUUUAGAUGAACCAAAGAGAAAAGGACCAAGAGUUCUAGUGAUGCCGAAUAGUUAUUCAAAUGAUAAAUUUGAUGAUGAGCCUAAAAGUGGCACUAAUAGUGCAUAUGAUACUGAUCGAAGUCAGAGAUAUGGUCCACCAUACGACAGUAACGAGAACGAAGAAUAUCCACAAAAUCAACGAGAUAAUGAGAGGCUUCGGAACAAUUAUGAUAAUCGGAACCCAACUGACACCAAUUUUAACCGCGAUAAUUUUAAAUUUCCGCAAAAUAAUGAGAAUGAAUUCAACAACAGACGUCCUCAACAAUUCCCUCAAAGUAACAUCAACAAUAAAAAUAAUGCUAAUGAAAGAUAUGGAAGUAGCUUAAAUAACCAAUAUGGCAAUAAUAACGAUCCAAACAAUCGGUAUGGCAUCAAUAAUAACAAUAAUAAUGGGUAUUUAAACAACUUUAAUGUCAACGAUGGAUAUAACAACCAGAACCCUUAUGACAUCGAAUAUGAAAGAAGAAUUCGUGUUGAAACAGAGAAAUUGCGUCAAUUGCUGUUAGAAAUUGAUAAGAAGCAUUCUUCAGAAUGUACAUUAAAUGUGGCAGCUCAAUGGAAUUUCGAGACUAAUGUCAAUGAAGUAUCGCAGUUGGAAGCUUUAACAGCUCAGCAAAGAUAUUCAGAUUUUAUGAGGUACAUUUUUGAUCAAACCAAGACGAUAGACUCGAGUGCAAUUAAUGAUGAGAAGCUUUAUCGUCAACUGAAGUUGUUAUCAAAUGUUGGACCUGCGGCAUUGCCAGCUGAUCAGCUUGAUCGGUAUAAUAGAAUUAUAAAUGAUAUGCUAACAAUAUACAAUGGAGCUACAAUCUGUGGAUAUGAGCAGCCAUUUGAAUGUUCAUUGAGACUUCAACCACAUUUACGAGAUAUCAUGGCAAAGUCGAGGGAUUGGGAUGAAUUAACAUGGGUGUGGACAGAAUGGAGACGAAAAGCUGGUAAACCAAUGAGAGAUUUAUUUGAACAACUUGCUGAUCUGUCAAAUGAUGCAGCCAAGUACAAUAAUUACACAAAUGCUGCAGAGUAUUGGAGUGCUCCAUUCGAUACACCAGAUUUAAGAUAUGAGAUGGAGAAUGUAUGGCAAGAGAUUCUGCCUCUGUAUGAGCUAAUUCAUGCUUAUGUCAGAAGGAAACUUCGUGAAUACUAUGGACCAGAUAAAAUCAACAGAAAUGCACCACUGCCUGCUCACAUUUUAGGCAAUAUGUACGGACAAAGUUGGAAUAUUUUAGAUCUAACCCUUCCUUAUCCAGGUCGUACAUAUCUUGAUGUGACCCCUGCUAUGCGAGCUCAAGGAUAUACUCCAGCAGUUAUGUUUCAAUUAGCUGAAGAAUUUUUCGUGUCAAUGAAUAUGACAUCACUGCCACCAGACUUUUGGGCACAAUCAAUACUCGCGGAACCAGUUGAUCGACCUGUCUUAUGUCAGCCGAGUGCUUGGGACUUUUGUAAUGGAAUUGAUUAUAGAAUUAAAAUGUGCACAGACGUUACGCAUAAAGACUUCAUAACGGUUCACCACGAGUUGGCACACAUUCAAUAUUUCUUGAAUUAUCGUAAUAAUCCAAAAAUAUUUCGUGAUGGCGCUAAUCCAGGGUUUCAUGAUGCAAUUGGAGAUGCCAUAACACUGUCCAUCACACCAAAACACUUACAAGGUCUAGGAUUAAUUCAAAAAUCAGUUGAUGAUACAGCACAUGACAUUAAUUUCUUAUUUGCUAUGGCUAUGGAUAAGGUGGUUUUCCUUCCAUACGCACUUGCCCUAGAAGAGUGGAGAUAUGAUAUCUUCACGAAGAAAAUCCGAAAGGAACAGUUCAACUGUCAUUGGUGGCUUUUGAGAGAGCAAUACGGUGGAAUAAAGCCGCCCGUCUUACGAUCAGAAUUUGACUUCGAUCCUGGUGCAAAGUAUCACAUACCAGCUAAUACACCAUACAUGAAGUAA